GGAAGUCUAUUGCACGGAAUUGCGAACAGAAGUGCGUCACUCUCCGCGCUGCGCCGUUUCUGGUCUGAAACCCCGCCGCUCGUUUCUGCCCCGAGCCGCUCCGUCAUGGUGAAGAUCGCCUUUAACUCCGCGCUGGCGCAGAAGGCGCUGGUGUCCGAGAAGGACCCAGAGACGGGCUCCGUGUACGGCAGCGAGAGCUCCACAGGCCGCUGCCUGCUCACCCUGCUGGGCCUGGCCUUCAUCUUAUCCGGCCUCAUUGUUGGCGGCGCCUGCGUCUACCGCUACUUCACCCCCAAGAAACUGUACCACGGCUCCAUGCAGUUCACCAAGCUGGACAGUGCUGAUGUGCCCAUGGAUGUAGAGGCAAGAGAGCCUUACUAUUUGCCCCGCAUUGAUGAGGAUGUGGAUAUCCGUGACGACGUGGCUAUCGUUAACGUUCCCGCCCCUCGCUUUGGCGAAGGAGACCCAGCCUACAUUCUGCAUGACUUUAAAAGAAAGAUGACCGCGUACCUGGACCUCACCCUGAGGACGUGUUUCGUGAUCCCUCUCAACACCUCAGUGGUGCUGCCCCCUCAAGACCUCAUGGAUCUGUUUAUGCAGCUCAUGUCCGGCUCUUACAAGUCUUACUUGGUGCAUGAGGAUCUGGUGGUGACCGAACGCGUGGAUGACCUCGGCCCUUUGGGCUACUACAUCUACAACCUGUGUGAGGGCAAAGCCACGUACAAGAUGCAGCGUCGCAGUGAGAUUAUCGGCAUCCAGAAGCGCUCGGUGGAGGAGUGCUUCAAAAUCCACCACUUUGAGAACAAGUUUGUUACCGAAACCAGGAUCUGCCGAGCCUGAGCGAGCAGGAAGUCAGGAGGGGACAGACACGAUGAUGGGAGCGGUCACCUCCCCCUCCCCCACUCCAUUACAGGGGAGGGUGAGGCGAGGCAAGGCGAGGUGAGCUGAGAAAGGGAGGGAUGGCUGAGAGGAAAUGGCCUGUCUUCCAACUCCUGCUGUAGAGCUUAGCUUGGGGUGUUAUUUUGUUUUCCGGAGCGACAGCAGACUUUUCCCUUCUCCCUCUUGGGGCCCAGCGACGUAGAUCUCCUCAGCGUUUUUGUGUAAUUUCUUACUGUUCUGUCGCCACCUGCUACAGCUCCCCCUACAGCCUAAGGGCUGCUAUGACCAUGUUUUCAGUGUGUUGGUUUGGUGAUCCUUCCCUGCGCUGAUCAGCCUUUUUUGUAGAUCAGGGUUUGUGUUCUAUCUUAAAUAUCUUGUGCACCUUGAUGCCCUUUGACCUUGAUUAACGCUUUCUUGGCAGAAGUGAUUAUUAUUAUUAUUACUAAAGCACACGGUGACCAACCUCUGCUCUCACCUGUCCGUUAAGCUCCGUUUCCCUUUCCUGCUCCUAACCACUGCUCAGUGUACAUGUACCCAUGUAAUAUGUAGCUCUCUGAUGGAUAUAAGCUUUUAAAACUCACCCUCUUUGUUUUCGACUGUAUUUGAGUAACUGAACAUAUCACGUCACGCGUGACUCAUAACUUCAGCAUGUCUACUGUACUGUAAUGUAGCAUAUUGGUUAUGGAACCUUAUGUCAGGAAGAGUGUUUUCCUACUGAUUUAUACCCUUCAGAACAGCCAAUGGACACGAGUUCUCAAGAGCCAAAAUGUGGCGUAAUUGUGUUUGGCGAACUGUGAUGUCACUGUGACGGAUUUAGAGACUAAGCGGUUUUCUGGCUGACCAUAUGAGGAAGCAUAUGAAGGUUUCAGCUCAGCAGUGUAAGGGUUUGUUAUUUGGGCCCUACCGGAGCGGUUUCGGCUGCAGAGCGGUCUAGCCUGGCCGUUUCUGUCUCGUUCGCUCCGUCUUUUCUCAUCUCGUCUGGUGAACUCUGGCUUGUGGCUUGCCCGUCACUGGCUGAGUUUUACCCCUGAGCUACUUCCUGCUGCUGAGACCAGUGGUGUGUUAACCAUCACUCGACUGAUCAGCUAAUAUUUGAGAAAGACUUGAUGUUUCGCUCAUCGUCCAGCUACAGGAUGAUGCAAUAAGGUGUAAAAAUAAAAACGAAUAUACCAGCAGCUUUUUCAAUUCUACCCUUUUUUCUUUAUUUUUAUUAUUUUACGUCUAUAUAUUUUAACGUGUGCUGUUGUUUCAAAAGCCCUGAUCACUCUGGGUGCGUGUCGAGCAAGUUGUCAGACUGAGCAGCAGUCAGAACCUUGACUGGCCGCUGGCGCGUGGACAGGCCAUGCUGAAUAUCUGUGCAUGCAGGUCAGUGUAAACGUGCGUUUGCUCAGUAUUGCUGUAAAUAUCCCUGAAUCCGCUGCAGCUGUUACUUCCAGAUGGGUUUUCCAUUGUAACACUCUGUAACUCCAGUGAAUCCCGCAGGGCACAAUAUCUCUUCAUUGUUUUUGGAAUCUUCUGCAUUGUAAAACCAAGUUAAUGAGAAUUUUUGAAAUUUCAGUUUGACUGCUGCUUAAAGAACGACAAUCAAGACUGGAGUGAGUUGCUGUUUUCUGUUGUUUCUGCAGAGAAACAGGCCUGACAGACGCUGGACUGUUUAAAGAACUGCUGUCAUGUUAAACUGCUGACUGAAACUCACUUUGUGCAUCGUCAUAAAUAAAAAUACAUUUCUCUACUUAAA